ACGAAAAUUAGAAAAUGCUUGUUGUGUAUAAGGGAUGAUAUGAUGAAGUAGUAAAUUAAAUUAAAACUUUUUUUUAGAGAUGAAAAAUCAAAAAACAAACCAUUGUAAUUCCAACCAAAAUGAGACAUGCAAUUGAAGAUUUUCUAAAUUCCAAUUUGUUACAUUCUCAUAAUUCUCAUAAUAAUUAUAACGAAAAUUUGAUUUUUGUUACAUUUACAAACCCAGAAUUUCCUCGUUUGGAGUUUAUUCGGAAUGCUGAAACUGGUUCGUAAAGAGGUUGGUUGCCUGAUGUAAUGCCUCGUGCCGUUAAGGUUCAGCCGGCGGUUAUGUUGGAAGCUGUUCAGGAAGUUGCCGUAUAUGUUCAUAGAUUUCACAAUCUUGAUCUGUUUAAGCAAGGGUGGUAUCGAAUUAAGAUUACAGUAAGAUGGGAAGAUAAUGAAAAUAGUGCAUUUGGUAUUCCAGCUAGAAUUGUUCAAUAUGAAGCUCCUGAUCUGGACCAAAGCAGUAUUUGUGGAGUAUGGAAGAUUGAUGACACGGAAAACAGUUUCUCAACACAGACCUUUCGGAUAAAGUAUGCCAGGCAGGAUGUAUAUUUAUGUAUGAUGGUCUCAUUCAACUUAUCACGUAGUAAAUCUGUGGAUUUAACUACAAAUGGUGUUAUUUUAAAGUUUGAGCUUAUUUAUGCUUCAACACUUGAGAAUGGGGCUGAUGUGCAAGCUUCUCUGGAUGCUUCUCCAGCUGCUAUCCAUGAAUUCCGAAUUCCUCCUAAAGCUCUGUUAGGAUUGCAUUCUUAUUGUCCCGUCCAUUUUGAUGCACUGCAUGCAGUACUUGUCGAUGUAAGUGUACAUGUCAGUCUAUUGAAAGCUGCCACAGCUGCAUCGAAGGGCUUCAGCGGCGUUGCUUCUCAAGAUGUGAAAGAUAUCAUGCUUGUCAGAGCAUUAUUAGAUUCUCGUAAUUUAUUGCUGGAAGAUCUACGCAAAAUUAACAAAGCAGUUAAUGAAGCUAUAGAUACUUCAGAUUUUGUGUCAAAAAUGAAUGACGGGAACUUAAUAAAUUUUGUGGUGCGAGCAAAUGAUUUUGCAAUAGAUGGUGACAAUUUAGGACAAGGCAAGCCACAAAAUGGUCUUGAGGGAGGAAAUGGUACUCAGAAUAUUCGGGAUGCUGAAAAGCUCCAUUCCCUGUCUCAGAAUGAACUAUUGGACUGUUUUCAUUCAUUGGGAGAUCAAUUGUACUAUUUAUGGAAGAUAUUUUUAAAAAUUCACCGGGAAAACAAGACAGAGAUACUAGAAUUUUUACGCAAUACAUGGGCUAAGGAUCGGAAAUCUGAGUGGUCAAUAUGGAUGAUGUAUUCCAAGGUAGAGAUGCCUCAUCAUUAUAUAAAUAGUGGUGGUAGUGAUGAAUCUUCCAAACGUGGUAUGCACAAAAGAGUUGCCAGUUUGUGGAAGUUACCUGAAGAGCCUCUUGAAGCUGCAAUUUCAUGCGCCGAACUUCAUCGGAGGAGCAUUGCACAGAUGCGGAUUAACAACCGUUCAAUUCAAGACAUGCAGAUAUUUGGAGAUCCUUUGCGUAUACCAGUUGUGCUUGUUGAAAGGGUGAUGAAUGUACCACGGCGUAGUACUAGUGAAAUUUCACUUAUGAGACAUGUUGGAUUUGUGGAUUCACAUAGCUUAACAAAUGGGCCCAGCAGUGAUACUUUAAGCAAGAAAUCUGCACCACAAAGUUAUGUUCGCGUGUUGAAGAUUGUUGUCUUUGUGCAUGGGUUUCAGGGGCAUCAUCUGGAUCUACGACUUGUUAGGAAUCAAUGGCUUUUGAUAGAUCCCAAAGUAGAAUUUCUCAUGUCAGAAGUUAAUGAAGAUAAAACAUCUGGAGACUUCAAAGAAAUGGGACAUAGGCUGGCUCAGGAAGUUAUUUCUUUUGUUAAAAGCAAAAUGGACAAAGUAACAAAAUAUGGGAUAUUGGGAGAUAUUAAGUUAAGUUUUGUUGGACAUUCUAUGGGUAAUCUCAUUAUAAGAGCAGCAAUAGCAGAUAGCUCGAUGGAGCCAUAUCUAAGACACCUACAUACAUAUGUUUCAGUAUCUGGUCCACACUUGGGGUAUAUUUAUAGUUCAAACUCAUUAUUUAAUUCUGGAAUGUGGUUUUUGAAGAAGCUAAAAGGCACACAGUGCAUUCAUCAGCUCACAUGUACGGAUGAUCCAGAUUUGCAAAAAACGUUCCUAUACAAACUGUGUAAGAAGAAGACAUUGGAGCAUUUUAGGAAUGUUAUCUUGAUAUCUUCUCCUCAGUACAAAUUUUCAGGAUGGAUAUGUGCCUUAUCAUUCUGCUAGAAUUGAAUCAUGUCAAGCCGCAUCACACGACACUUCAAAGAAGGGUAAAAUGUUCCUGGAGAUGCUUAAUGCUUGUUUGGACCAAAUACGUGCCAACCCCUCUGAACGUCGAGUGUUCAUGCGCUGUGAUGUCAAUUUUGAUGCCACUGCCCAUGGCAAGAAUUUGAACUCUUUCAUUGGGCGGGCUGCACAUAUUGAAUUUCUCGACUCCGACAUUUUUGCAAGGUUCAUAAUGUGGUCUUUCCCAGAUCUGUUUCGAUAGCAAUUGGCUGGUACUGUCAUUUGUCUUGGGUUGAUGAACUUUAUGAUGUUUAUAUGAAAUACAGUUGUGUACAUCUUUAGGAAGAGUCAAGGGAAUAUUGGUGUAAUCAUUUUAGUAAAAUGUUUAGUAAAAUUAGUUGUUGAAUGGAUUUUUAAUAUAAAGUAUUUUUCGUUUCGAUUA